AGUCAAGAGAAGCUCGAUCGGGUGUGUGCCCUUUCUAUUUUCUUUCAACUUAACUCUCUCUUUUUUGUCAGUCGAAAACAGAAAAGCCCACUUCCUCCGGAGCUAAAUGUCCUAAAACUCUCUCCCACAUCAAAAGAGACAAAGAGAAGACGAAAGAUAAUGGGUUCAAAGCUGCAACUCCAGCUCAAGGAGCUGGGAUCCAAGCUUGACGACCCUCCCUCUACCAAAGACUCUCUUAUCAAGCUCUUAAAGCAAGGCACAACAUUUCUUUCUGAGUUGGAGCAGUCACCGCCAAAAGCUAUGUUGGAGGCCAUGCAGCCCUUACAAGCUGCUAUGGUUAAACCAGAACUCCUAAAGCAUCAAGAUAGGGAGGUUAAGCUUCUUGUUGCCACCUGUAUCUGUGAGAUAACAAGAAUUACUGCACCUGAAGCUCCUUACAGUGAUGAUGUUCUAAAGGACAUCUUCCAUUUGAUUGUCAGCACUUUCAGCGGCUUAGGUGAUAUAAAUAGUCCAUCCUUUGGAAGAAGAGUUGUCAUCUUAGAAACUCUAGCAAGAUAUAGAUCAUGUGUUGUAAUGCUGGAUCUCGAGUGUGAUGAUCUUAUCAAUGAAAUGUUCCGGACUUUUCUCAGUGUUGUCAGGGACGAGCAUCAAGAUAGUGUUCUGACAUCAAUGCAAACUAUUAUGGUUGUUCUCAUAGAAGAGAGUGAGGAUAUUCGGGAGGAUCUUUUACAUGUCAUUUUGUCGGUUCUAGGUCGCCAUAAGAAAGGUGUUACAAUAGCUGGAAGGGGGCUCGCUAUGAAGGUGAUAGAGGAGUGUGCAGGAAAAUUGGAGCCCAGCAUAAAACAGUUUCUUGUUUCUUCAAUGUCUGGAGACAGCAGGCCAACAACAUUUGAAAUUGACUAUCAUGAAGUCAUUUAUGAUAUUUACCGUUGUGCUCCUCAGAUCCUAUCAGGAGUUGUUCCCUACAUCACAGGAGAGCUACUGACAGAUCAGCUGGAUGUACGAUUAAAAGCUGUACACUUAAUUGGGGAUCUUUUUGCUCUGUCGGGAUCUGCUAUCUCUGAAGCCUUUCAACCAAUUUUCUUGGAAUUUUUGAAGAGACUUACUGAUAGAAUAGUUGAGGUCCGAAUGUCUGUUCUUGAACAUGUCAAGGGAUGUCUGCUGUCAAAUCCAUUUAGACAAGAAGCGCCUCAGAUCAUAUCUGCCCUUCGGGACCGGCUGUUGGAUUAUGAUGAAAAUGUGCGCAAACAAGUUGUUGCCGUGCUUUGUGAUGCGGCAUGUAACACCCUUACGUCCAUAAAGGUUGAAAUGAUUAAGCUGGUAGCAGAGCGCAUUCGAGAUAAAUCUCUUCUUGUUAAAAAAUACACGCUGGAGAGGCUGGCUGAUAUAUACAGAAUCUAUUGCUUAAACUCUUCCACUGGCUCAAUUAAAGGCGACGAAUAUGAUUGGAUCCCAGGGAGGAUUUUGAGAUGUUUUUAUGACAAGGAUUUCAGAUCAGACAUCGUUGAACACAUUCUUUGCUCAUCCUUGUUUCCAAGUGAAUUCUCAAUCAAGGAUAAAGUUAAAAAAUGGGUUAGGGUUUUCUUGAGUUUUGACAAGGUUGAGAUUAGAGCGCUUGAGAAGCUGCUGGAGCAUAAGCAAAGGUUGCAGCAAGAGAUGAGGAGGUAUCUUUCUUUAAGGCAGAUGCACCAGGAUGGCGAUGCCACUGAGAUCUUAAAGAAAGUUGUAUUUUGCUUCCGAAUCAUGUCUCGUUGUUUUACUGAUCCUGGAAAGGCAGAAGAGAGCUUUCAGAUUCUUGAUCAGUUAAAAGAUGCUAAUGUCUGGAGGAUAUUAACAGCUCUCCUUGAUCCAAACAGUAACUCUAUUCAAGCUUCUAGUUCUCGGGAUGAAUUGCUCAAGAUCCUUGGUGAGAAGCAUCGGCUCUAUGACUUUCUGGGCACACUGUCAUUGAAGUGCUCAUAUGUACUUUUCAACAAGGAGCAUGUAAAUGCAAUCCUUCAGGAGACUAACAUACAAAAAUCUGCUGGAAGCACUGAUUUGAUUCUGUGCUGCACACAUAUACUUGUGAUUCUUGCACGUUUCUGUCCAUUGCUGCUUACUGGAAUUGAGGAAGAUUUGAUACAUCUGCUUGAAGAUGAUAAUGAGAUAAUUAGAGAAGGUGUCUUGCAUGUUUUGGCAAAGGCUGGUGGAGCCAUCCGAGAAAAAUUGGGAGAUUCUUCAAGGUCAUUAGACCUUAUGCUUGAGAGGAUUUGCUUGGAGGGAAGCCGGAG